AUGCGCAAGAACGGGUGGGAGACGCCGUUUCACGUGCUGCAGCUAGCCACGUGGGUGGUCUUCCCGGCCGUCAUGGCGCUCUACUUCGCCUUCUACACACCCAUCCUGGAUAAGACGGCGGCUAUCGUCCUCAGCGUUGUGUAUGCUGUCGCCUGCCUCAUCACGGUGGUGUCUGUGGCUGUUUGUACGGGAACUGACCCGUCCGACGACUGCAUCAUGAGACCGUCGACCAUGCCUGACGCCAGAGACUCACGCCCAGAUAACCGUGUCUACUGCAACGUCUGCACAAAAUAUGUGAACGACCAAAGUCGACACUGCCGCCUGUGCGACAAGUGCGUGGACGUGUUCGACCACCACUGCAAAUGGCUCAACAACUGUGUGGGAAAGAAGAACUAUCGUUUCUUUCUGGGCUCCGUCGUGGGUGCGUCGGUGUUCCUUGCGGUGCAGAUUGCUGUGGGCAUUUAUCUCGUUGUGGAGCUGUACACGAACGAAGACGACAUCAAGGGAAAUUCAGCGACGAGCUAUGGAUGCUCUACGGAGAAGGACGAUCUCACGGGCCUCUGCGUAGACGAGCAGUAUCGCAUUUCGCUGCAGACUCUACGGAUCAUCCACAUCGUGUUGCUGGCCUUCCUCAGUCCAUGGCUGUUCAUGAUCGGGCAACUCGCACUCUUCCACUUCCACUUAUGUAUGGAAAAAAUUACGACUUACGACUACAUUGUCCGCCAACGCAAGCGGAAAAACGCCCAGGAGCGACAAAACACUGUACGUAUAUACCCUGUUCGUGUGCCAUGGUGGAAAAGAUGCUGUGGGGGUAAGCCCAAGUCCGACUCAGCGCCGAGCAAUUCGAAGCCCAGUGUCAAUCAGACAAGCGAUUCACGGCUGUCAGGGGAAAGCGUUCGCAGUGAGGAAGAGGAAUUGGCUGCUAUUGAAGCGGAGGUGGACGACAGUUUGGAGGUGCUCAGCAACCAGAGCGGUGAGAUUCGCGAGCGAGACAGCAGCCGGCGCAGCAGCGGUUCGUUCCGCCAGCGUAGAAGCAGUAGUGGCCCGAAGAGGGGAUUCGGUUUACACGUCGAUCUUGCCGGACAGCGGUCUGUACAGACCAAACCCAGUGGGAACGGCGACGUUUACACGCCAAGAUCAGAAAGCGGCGACACGAGCUACUUGCCAGCGCCGUAUUCUCCAGGAACACCCGCUUCGCCUUUAUCACCACGCUCUGAUGCGGGUAGCGCAUACUAUUCCAACUCACCAAUGGGCGAAACUGAGAUACGGGACGCCGGAGAGGCUACAAACCAGCCUCUACCAGCUUACAAGAUGUCAAGUAACUCGUCUAUGGUCAUGUAUGGACGCCCACCGAUUGAUGACAUCUCGUCUGGGAGCCACAUCGUGUAA